UGGACCGCGGGAUCUUUUAAUCUAAGUAUACAGUUGGAUUAUACACCUACAACUAGAAACUGUAGUUUGCGGCUGCAGACAUGUUGGCAAAAUGAAAGCAUGACUUGUGGAGCCAACGUGUCGGUCUACACAUCACAUCACCGCUCCAAAAAGCUAGCAGUGUUAAUUAUUUUAAACAUCAACACUUCACUCUUUGUCAUAGACACAGCAGAGCAAAGCUCAGAUUCAACAAUGAAGGAUACCACCAAGAACUCAACUUACAGUCCCGAGCAAAUACUUAUGCAUGCAGUCAAGAAGCAAAGAGCAGGAAGUGGAGGUCUCGGGAAUGCUGUGAAAGUACUCCAGGAAGAAGAAGAAGAAGAAGAAGAUCACUCGCGUGAAGAAGAAGAAGAACAAGAAGAAGAAAAAACACCUCAUGAUGAUGAAAAUGAUCAUGAUGAUGGUGAUGAUGAUGAGGAAGAUGCAAAAUAUUGUAGACGUGGGUUUGGUCAUGGAUACCAUCUAGUGAAAGGCCAAAUGGGCCAUGGCAUGGAAGAUUACAUCGUGGCCGAUACAAAAACAGUUAAAGGCCACAAGCUUGGGUUGUACGCCAUAUUUGAUGGACACUCAGGCCGUACUGUUGCGGAUUACUUGCAGAACCAUCUUUUUGAUAACAUCUUGAGUCAGCCGGAUUUUUGGAGAAGACCUAAGAAGGCAAUCAAGAGAGCGUAUAAACUCACGGACGACUACAUUCUGAGCAAUGUGGUUGGCUCACGAGGUGGCUCCACGGCGGUAACGGCUAUAGUCGUUGACGGUAAGAAACUUGUGGUUGCAAACGUUGGAGAUUCAAGAGCAGUCCUGUGUCGUGGAGGUGAUGUAGUCAAACAACUUACGGUUGAUCAUGAGCCUGAGAAAGAGAGAGACCUUGUAGAGAAGAAAGGCGGCUUCAUCUCCAAAAAGCCAGGUAAUGUUCCAAGAGUGGAUGGACAACUAGCAAUGACACGUGCGUUUGGAGAUGGACGUCUUAAAGAACAUAUUAGUGUGAGGCCGGACAUAGAGAUUGUCGAGAUC